UAAAUUAAUUGAUAUACUAAUAAUAAAGGGGACUGUUUCUCCGCUAAAUUCUCGGUGUAUGUCUUUGCUUUUACUUUCCUCGUUCAAGGAGAGGACCAACAAUUUAUUGCAGAGUCGCACAUGAAUCUCAAGCUUCUCUCUCCUUUUUUCUCCAGAGUACAUCAGAGUCACUAAAACUACGACUCGUAUGCAAGAAGAAACUGCUUCUUCCUCUUGCCCUAAAUCAAGCCACCUAACUAGGGUUUCCUCUUACCUUUCCUAAAAGAGUUCAUUUAACAUAAGUCACCUUUUUCUUUCUUAUCUUUUGCUUGGUCUUUAGUUUAGUUCUGUUCUUGGUCUGUUUCAAUAUUUUGUCGGCUUGUGUAACCGAUCACACCUUAAUGCUUUGGCUAUUAGUUCCUCAAAAUCCUGACUUUUGACUUCUCGAUCUGAGUUUUUCUUGUUUCUCUCUUCACCUCCGCAAUAUAUGAGCGAGAAGGAUCAAGUUUCAAGAAUCAAGAAAUUGAUUUGAGCUGGCGAAUAAGCAGUGGUGGGAGAGAGAAUUAGUAGAUGCGCCGGCGAUGGAAGGCGGCUACGAGCAAGGCGGUGGAGCUUCUAGAUACUUUCAUAACCUCUUCAGACCGGAGAUUCACCACCAGCACCUUCAACCGCAGGGUGGAAUCAAUCUUAUAGACCAGCAUCAUCAGCAUCAGCAUCAGCAGCAACAACAGCAACAGGAACAGCAACCGUCGGAUGAUUCAAGAGAAUCUGAACACUCAAACAAGGAUCAUCAUCAACAGGGUCGACCUGAUUCAGACCCGAAUACAUCAAGCUCAACACCAGGGAAACGUCCACGUGGACGUCCACCGGGAUCUAAGAACAAAGCAAAGCCACCGAUCAUAGUAACCCGCGACAGCCCCAACGCGCUUAGAUCUCACGUCCUUGAAGUAUCUCCCGGAGCUGAUAUAGUUGAGAGUGUUUCCACUUACGCUAGGCGGAGAGGGAGAGGCGUCUCAGUUCUAGGAGGGAACGGUACCGUUUCUAACGUCACUCUCCGUCAGCCAGUCACUCCCGGAAAUGGUGGUGGUGUGUCCGGUGGAGGAGGAGGAGGAGUUGUGACUUUACAUGGAAGGUUUGAGAUUCUUUCACUAACGGGGACUGUUUUGCCACCACCUGCACCGCCUGGUGCAGGUGGUUUGUCAAUAUUUCUAGCCGGUGGGCAAGGUCAGGUUGUUGGAGGAAGCGUGGUGGCUCCGCUUAUUGCAUCAGCUCCAGUUAUACUAAUGGCUGCUUCGUUCUCAAAUGCGGUUUUCGAGAGACUACCAAUGGAAGAGGAAGAAGAAGAAGGUGCUGGUGCUGGUGCUGGUGGAGGAGGAGGAGGAGGACCACCGCAGAUGCAGCAAGCUCCAUCAGCAUCGCCGCCGUCAGGAGUGACCGGUCAGGGACAGUUAGGAGGUAAUGUGGGUGGUUAUGGGUUUUCUGGUGAUCCUCAUUUGCUUGGAUGGGGAGCUGGAACACCUUCAAGACCACCUUUUUAAUCGAAUUUUAAAUCUCCGGAAAUUUAUGUGUUUUUCUCAUCUUGUGGAGUCGUCUCUUUCUCUUUUGGGAUCUUUGGUGUUUAAUGUUUAGCAGCUGAUAUGCAUAUUUGAUUUCUCCUAUUUUUCUUUUCUUCUCAUCUUUGAUAGAUGUUAGAGAAAUGCAUAUUUUUGUUGCUCGUGCUGUUAGUAAAACUUCUCCAUAUGUAUGCCUUUCUUUUAUUCAUUGCUAGGGUUCCGUGCUGCAGUAUACC